AUGCAGCAGCAUAUCAUCCAGCAGCGUUUGCCAGAUUUGGCGAACGCAACUGAGAGCUCAAGUGAUGGAUUGUCUAGGGACAACUCACCGGUAGAUCACGGCGGGGCUUCUCAGCAAAAAGGAAAAAAUGAUAAGUCAAGUGGCUGGAUGCCCGAAUCUACGUUAGAGCCCUUCUUUGAGGUUUUUACCGUCAACGGUAGCCAGAUUUCAAAGUGCAGAUAUUGUGGAAAGCGGUAUCCUGAAGGUGAGUCCACCGGAAACAUGGCAAAGCAUGCACGUAACGUCCAUUCCGGUGUCUAUGCCAGCACUAAUGAGAAAGUCAAAAAGGCUAGAUCUCUGGAUACUUUUUCCAACCGAAGAUCCCUCAGACUAUCGCAGUCAAUCAAGAAUGAGUACAAGCUUAACCCAAAAAUGCUUAGAACAGCAGAAAUCGUGACUGAAGGGUUUUUGCCUUUCAGUUUUGUCCAAAUGUCUUCGUGGAGAAGAAUCAGCGAAGAAUAUGUCUCAGGUUCCUUUAUUCAGUCAAGAACUACUCUUACUAAGAAAUUGAACCUUUACGCUUCCCAAAUGGAUGAAAGUAUUCUGUUAAAUUUACGCGACACUCAUUUCGUCAAUCUUCAGCUGGAUAUUUGGACAGCCCCCAAUGGGGAAGCGUUUUUAGGUGCAGUGAUUUCUUUCGCUCCAAACUUCAUGAAUGCUACAGCACUUGACUUAGCAGACAGCUCGCGGGUUUUAUUAAAUGAUUCUGGGAAACCCCAUAACGUACACAUACUGGACUUUAUAAGUCUCAAAAGAAAGAAACACAGCGGUGAGAUCCUCUGUGAUGUUCUUGUCGACUUAAUGAAGAAGUUCAACCUGAUGGAGAAAGUGGCAACGAUCACGAUGGAUAACGCUACGAAUAACGGUUCGCUGCAUUCUUACCUGAUACACAAUAAGCUUAAUAUUUUGAAGCCCUCAGCGCACAACCCCUUCGGUGGCACACGGUACAUCAGGUGUGCUAGCCAUGUUCUCAACAUUCAGUUCCAGAAGAUUCUGUCGCAAUUGAAGCUCAAUACUGUUUUCUAUGGAGCUUAUGGCAAAAUCUUGAAGCUGGCAAAAAUUAUGAGAUUUUCCACGCGAAUCAAUAGUACUUUGAAGGAGACCGGGAUUCCCUUUAUACCGUUAGAAUCUCCCACCAGAUGGAUGUUAUCAUGGCGACAGAUUGACGUAUUUAUCGAAAACUUCUCGGCCUACGGGAGUUGGUUUGCUAAAUUAGCUGAAAGCGAGAAAGACAUCAUUACUUCACAGCUACGAGACGCAUUUGCUUUUGACAGGCGUGACAUUGACUUUUUAAAAUAUUUCAUUGAGGUAACUCGGCCACUGAUGGAGUUUACGCUAGCACUGCAAGACGAGGACUACAGUAACUUGCCAAAUGGCUUGAAAUUCUAUUAUACCUUAAAACACUACUAUCAAAAGUGUACGGAAGCCCUUGAAGGAAGGAACAUGAAGGCCAAACAAACAGGUAUUGACUUUUCAUUUUUGAAUGGGCAAUCGACUUUGCAAGAAGCAGACAAAAGUUGUAUUUUGGAAGCAAUGUCUAUUGCUCAAAAUAGCUUCCUGGGCUACCUAGUUCUCUUUGAGCGAAACCCACUGUACUAUUUGGCGGUCGUUCUUGAUCCCACCGCAAAAGUUGAGGGGCUUCAUGAGGUUAUGCACCAUGAGGAGGCUCAAAGAAGGUACCUUCAGUCCGAAAACUUCAUCAAAACGUAUUUCAAACAGCAUGACCUGGAACACCAAUCACGGGACACAGGUAAUCAAACUAUAUCGGAGCCCACCAUCCGGAGAAAAGAAAAAAGCUUUAUAGAUGCACAUUUGUCAGAUUUUAUGGAUACCGACGAAAACUGCAAAGGCUUGGACGCUUUACCCGUCGCAAUGGAGGAAUGGCAUCAAUACGUCAAUGAACCUCGUCUUGUCGGGGGCUCGAGAUCUGCGGCAAUCGACUGGUGGUUUGUAAGAAGAGCAGCUUAUCCAAGAUUGUUCAAACUCGCAAUGUCUUUAUUUUAUACAAAGAUAACCACAUGCGAUGUUGAAAGAGCAUUUUCUCUUGCUGGAAGGGUCAUGAGAAAAGAUAGAACGAGACUCAAUAGCACAAAUAUGCGAACGUUAAUGGUUCUCAGGGACAGGUUCACACAAUUUGGAUUUUACAAGUCGGCCCCCAUGAUGCCAGGGCAAAGUGAAAUUGAUUUUGAGGAAGAUUUGGAAUAUUUGUCUGCUUCUGAAUUUGACAUUGAGGAUGAUCUGAAUCGCCUUCUUCACGACCCGCAGGAGGAAAGCAUGAUCGUUGAAUCAAAUGUUGAUGGUAAGUUCCAACUGAGUGACAAAACAAAUUCACAGGAUUAUAUGAAAGCGCAAGAAAAUUCGUCUGAAGAUGAGGAGACUUGCGUGGAAAAAGACCUUGACGGCGAAUCAUCCAUCGCUGAUGCCAGGAUUUCGGGUUGA